UUUUUUUUUACCCCAGUUUUUUUUUUUCUUUUUUUUUAUUAUUCUUGUUUAUUUAUCAUCAUGGAUUUUUGUCAAUCUGAACCUGAUUUCACUAAAGUACCAUUAUAUCAGCCUGAUCAUAUUACUUUUUUAAAUAAAGAGGACUCUCUUUUAAAAGGUACUGAACAUCAACAACAACAACAACAACAAUCGGUUAAUCCUAAUCCUACAUCUUGGACACCACCUUCUUUUGAUCUUCAAGAUAUGCUUGUUCAUUAUCGAUCACAACCUGAUCUUUUACAACUUAUCCUGGAAAGCAAACUUCAAGAAGAUAGACGACGUACCGAAGAAGCUCGAUUAAAGGCAAAAGAAUUGGAUUUAAUGUUAUUACAACAUCAACAUCAAUUUAACCAACAACAAGCAUCAUUUACAACUGCUUCUUUAUUAUCAUCAUCAUCAGCAUCAUCAGCAUCAUCAUCAUCAUCACCACAAACACAAUCAUCAUCAUCAUCAUCAUCCGAUCAUCAUCAACAAUUACCUUCUUCUUUUAUGAAAAGAAGAGAUUCUUCCUUAUUUAGUAGUACAGGAACUUCCGAGGAUUUGGAUGAAGUCAUCUUUUUACAACAAAUGGCAACUAGUUUACCAGAUAGCAUUGAUACCCAUGAAUCCAUGUCUCCACCUUGUCCAAUACCCGAGUUUUAUAAUAACAACAAUGACAAGGAUACAAUACAACAACAACAACAACAACAACAACAAAAGCCUAGAAAAAGAAGAGAAAUGCAAGCGAUUACUAAAUUAGUUGAAACACGAGAAUAUCCUUACCUUGAUGGCCAUUUUUGGAGAAAUAACGGCAAUACUAUCCAGAAAAAAACGGGCAAUAAAAGUGUUUAUUUUAAAUGUUCGAAUAGUACAAAGGGUUGUCCUGUCAAUAAAACGUCUACUUAUUGUCAAGAAACAGGGGAAUAUAUAAUCAAGUAUCGUGGCGAACAUCUUCCAGAAUGUGGCAAAGUACAACAUAUAGUAGAAGUUUAGAAAUAGUUCCUUUUUUUUUUUUGUAUAUUAUUAUAGUUGAUCAAUAAAUUCAUUCAUCCGUUUUUUUAAAACAACCCCAAUCGAAAAAAAAAAGAAAGCUACAACCCCAAGUUGCCCAAUCAUCGAUAUUAUUGGGCUGGAAGACUCAUCGGCUUUGUGGUUGGCUGAUUUAUCUCUGACUACAAAAAAAAAAAAAA